UCUUCCAAGCCUGUUUGUUUGUUUCAAGCUGUGGCGCUUCUGUCGUCGUCGUCGUCGAGGUCGAAGGGUCGUGGCUCUGCCUGGCUGUGGUGGUGGUGAUCAUCGUCUCCACACUCUCUCUCGGGUAUCGUGAAGUUGUAGUUGUUUAUGGGCUUCGCACCCUGCCUCGGACAUCGCCCUGCACCGCCACCGCCUCGGAGACUGAACCCACAUUCGCAUCUAUCUAAUACUUCCUUCUUGCCAACGAAUCUCUCUGCCCCCCUGCAGCAGCAAGCAGCAGCUCCACUGUGACCAUUUGUGCCAUGCUCUCGUUGGGGCAUUGCGCUUCUUGCAUCUUGCUUGGAUGAGGGUAUUGUGGACGUAAGUUUGGCCCUGAUUUGCAAUAGGGUUUUGGUGACCUCGUAGCGCGGUGUCAGCUGCGCCAGUGCGCGGGUCCUGGUCUCAGGAUUGACUGUUGGAAGAGGCGCAAGUCGUGUCAUCGCCUUGUAGAGCAACGAAUUUCAGGAGGUGCUUUAGACUUGAGAGAAGAAGAGCGGUUACGUAUCGCUUACGGAGCCUGGAGUCGAUCACUCAAGAUGGUGCUCGUUCUGGCCCUAGGUGACCUGCACAUUCCUCACAGGGCCGCGGAUCUGCCUGCCAAGUUCAAAUCUAUGCUAGUGCCGGGAAAGAUUCAGCACAUCCUCAGCCCUGGCAAUCUUUGCAUCAAGGAAGUCCAUGAUUAUUUGAAGUCAUUGUGUUCGGACGUUCAAAUCACGCGUGGAGAGUAUGACGAAGACACUCAUUACCCUGAGACAAAGCAGCUGAUCAUCGGUGCUUUCAAGCUCGGCAUUUGCCACGGCCAUCAGGUUGAGCCAUGGGGAGAUUUGGAUUCAUUGGCGAUGCUUCAACGCCAGCUGGAUGUUGAUAUUCUGAUAACUGGUCAUACUCAUCAGUUCAAAGCUUACAAGCACGAAGGAGGAGUAAUAAUUAAUCCAGGAUCUGCCACCGGAGCAUACAGCAGCAUCACAUACGAUGUGAACCCCAGCUUUGUCCUCAUGGAUAUUGAUGGCUUACGAGUUGUCGUCUAUGUCUACGAGCUCGUUGAUGGAGAAGUGAAGGUCGACAAGAUUGACUUCAAAAAGCCUCAAUAAUUCAGAAGCUUUGUGAUUGGCCGUCGCAUUUAAUGUUGUUGAAGAGCAUUUUCAUUUAGUGUAAUGGUAGUCAGGGUGCAUGUGCCAUAGUUUAAAAAUAAGGACAGUCAUUUUGUAGACAUUUUGUAAGUAAGUUUUAGUGUGCUGAGGGAUUGAGACACUUUCACAUCUUCUCAUCCUCAAUAUCUAUUGUUGCGAACGUGGAUGCUGAAAAUUUGUUUUCUUAGGCACAUUUCGUUGUUUUUAGCGAUUCAAAGGAUGUGAGGUUGUCCAUGGAAAAUCCA